AUGCUCAACCUAACCCUAAUACUACUACGGCACGCGGAGUCUGUUUGGACGCACGAUGGCAAGUUCACGGGUUGGUCGGACGUAAAUUUAUCGGAAGUAGGGAUUGAGGAAGAGAAGAAGGCAUCGGAAAGGCUGAAGGAAUUCUGUAUUGCGAGGAUCUUCACUUCCGUGCUCCAACGGUCUAUUAUGUCGGCGGAGAUUGUGUGUGCCGUAACUGGCCAGUCUCCGCCCGUGGAAUCAGAUUGGAGGUUAAAUGAAAGGCACUACGGCGCGUUGGAAGGCAUGAGUAAAAAGGAAGCCACUCUUCAGUACGGAGAUGAGACCGUCAGGGCCUGGAGACGCGGCUACCAUACACAUCCACCACCCGUUGAGCGAACCGACCCCAGACAUCCUUGCCACGACUCCAAGUACGUCCAGUUGACCCCCGACCAACUCACGUCCGGAGAGUCGCCUGAAGACGUCUUCAACCGCGUACUCCUCUGGUACAACCAGGUCCUGCUUCCACUCCUACAACAGCACAUGCCAGAGCAACAGACUUCAGAACAACAGACUCCAGACUCCUCCUUGACCGUCUUGGUCGUCGCCCACGGCACUCCGCUUCGAAUGCUCAUGAAACUGCUCGAAGGAACCCCGGAAGAGGAAAUUGAACAGUUCGAACUGCCAUCCGCGGUGCCCAUUGUGUAUAACAUCCGCUAUAACACCACCCAGAAUCGAACCAUCGCCGGCAAAUCAAUCUUGAUGGAUCCAGACGAGUUCCGGACGAGACAGCAACAAGUGAAAGCGCAAAGCAAUCCGAAGGCAUGA